CGAAAAUGGCGACUUUUGGCGCGAUGAGUGUAUAGUAAUUGUUGUCACUGUCGCAAACUCAAAGAACAACAAGAUAAAGCAGAAAGAAAGCCAACAAACCGCGAGUGUUAGAGCAGCGGAGCGUGGUUUUACAUGGAUUUCUGUUUAUAUUAUUUAUAAUUUUAAUUCCAAGAAAAACGUUUUAAAAUAAAACUGUGUAGUCAUAUUAAUAAUAUUAAUAAGAAAGUGAAUGAUUAGAUAAACACAGAUGAAACGAAUUUACGAUAUAUGAGUUGUGAAAUAAAUUUAUGAAAAAGCUAUAACUAUCAGCAACACGGUUCACAUCGAUAAUUCAGUACUGAACGUGAUAAAUAUAAAAUUUUCAAAAUCACCGUCAAAAAUACAGAAAAUAAUAUACUUUUCCCUACAUCCACCGGCGGCAGUAUUAACACUGCUGACUGUUCAUCAAGUAGCAACGCAGCAAUGACUGAUUAUAGUGAUCUCGAUCGACAAAUAGAACAAUUGAAGAGAUGUGAAAUAAUAAGAGAAAACGAAGUCAAAGCGUUAUGUGCAAAAGCGCGGGAAAUACUUGUAGAGGAGGGCAAUGUGCAAAGGGUGGACUCGCCAGUUACAGUUUGCGGUGAUAUACAUGGACAGUUUUAUGAUCUGAAAGAAUUAUUUAAAGUUGGUGGCGAUGUACCGGAAAAGAAUUAUUUAUUUAUGGGAGAUUUUGUUGAUCGCGGUUAUUACAGUGUCGAGACAUUUUUAUUAUUAUUAGCCUUAAAAGUGCGUUAUCCAGAUCGUAUCACAUUAAUACGCGGAAAUCACGAAUCUCGACAAAUUACUCAGGUCUAUGGAUUUUAUGACGAAUGCUUACGUAAAUACGGUUCCACAGCCGUUUGGCGUUAUUGUACCGAAAUUUUUGAUUAUCUCAGCUUAUCCGCCAUUAUUGAUGGUAAAAUAUUUUGCGUACAUGGCGGCUUAUCUCCUUCCAUUCAGUAUUUAGAUCAAAUACGCACAAUUGAUCGCAAACAAGAAGUACCGCACGAUGGUCCAAUGUGUGAUUUACUUUGGAGCGAUCCUGAAGAUCAAACUGGUUGGGGUGUAUCCCCACGCGGUGCAGGUUAUCUUUUCGGUUCCGAUGUUGUAUCGCAAUUUAAUCGAACAAACGAUAUUGACAUGAUCUGUCGUGCACAUCAACUUGUGAUGGAAGGAUUUAAAUGGCAUUUCAAUGAAACCGUUUUGACGGUUUGGUCCGCACCUAAUUAUUGCUACAGAUGUGGAAACGUUGCCGCAAUAUUGGAACUGAAUGAGUACCUGCAUCGCGAUUUUGUUAUAUUCGAGGCAGCACCUCAAGAAAGUCGAGGAAUUCCAUCAAAGAAACCGCAAGCUGAUUAUUUCUUAUAAGUUUUACUCUAUAUUUUUAGUGUAUAAAAAUAAAUAUUUCUGAAACAAAUACUAAAAAACCAUAAGCUCGUGGUUGCUGUUUUUAAGUUUAUAACUAAAAUAAGUAUAUUUAAGUUUCAUAAGGCAUAUCAUCAGACUUCCUUUAAAACAGUUUCGGUUAAGUAUGGCUUGUUAAGAGAUCAAAAAAAGAAAAAAGUUUUCAAUUGUAA